GGUGCCGGCGACGCGAUCCCUCCGCAGAAGCUGACCUGGCCUAUGAGGGGUCCCGGCUGGGGGGGGCGUUGAAAGAGCGUCAUGUCGGUGACUACCGGCUUCAGCUACCAGCUACCGGGGAUCACCACGGUAACGUAUGUUUUCGUUUACAGCCCCAGCACGGUGCAGCGGGAGCCCAGCCCCCCGCCCCCGCAGCCGGCCGCCAUCACGGGGCCCCGGGGCCCCAAGCGGAAGCUCUACAGCGCAGUUCCUGGGCGCACCUUCAUUGUGGUGAAGCCUUAUACACCACAGGGGGAGGGCGAGAUCCAGCUCAACAGAGGGGAGAGGGUGAAAGUGCUUAGCAUCGGCGAAGGGGGAUUCUGGGAAGGCACCGUGAAGGGACGCACCGGCUGGUUCCCCGCAGAAUGUGUGGAGGAGGUGCAGAUGCGGCAGUAUGAUCCUCGCUUGGAGACACGGGAGGACCGAACCAAACGCCUCUUCAGACACUACACCGUGGGCUCCUACGACACCUUCACCUCCUACAGUGAUUACAUCAUUGAAGAGAAGAAUGCCGUCCUCCAAAAGAAGGAGAAUGAAGGCUUUGGAUUCGUCCUACGUGGCGCUAAAGCGGAGACGCCCAUCGAGGAGUUCACGCCCACGCCGGCCUUCCCUGCGCUCCAGUACCUGGAGUCUGUGGAUGUGGAGGGCGUGGCCUGGAGAGCGGGCCUCCGCACAGGAGACUUCCUGAUCGAGGUAAACGGAGUCAAUGUGGUGAAGGUGGGCCACAAGCAGGUGGUCUCUCUGAUCAGGCAGGGAGGCAGCCAACUGCUCAUGAAGGUGGUCUCAGUCACCCGCAAGCCUGAGUCAGAAGAGGUGGUCCGGAAAAAAGCUCCGCCACCACCCAAGAGGGCGCCCAGCACCACCCUGACGCUGCGGUCCAAGUCCAUGACAGCCGAGCUGGAGGAGAUCGCUUCGGCAAGGAGGAGAAGAGGGGAAAGGCUGGACGAAAUGCUCGCCUCCCAGGAGCCUGUGCUGCGGGCAGCGGUGGCUGAUGCCGACUACAGGGCCGCCACUGUGAAACAGCGCCCGUCAAGCAGGAGGAUCACGCCGGCCGAGAUCAGUUCGCUGUUUGAGCGGCAGGGAAUGGUGUUGCAUGGAGGAAUUCCCCUGGAAAUGGACAAAAGUCACAUUCAGCUACCCAAAGGAAUGUCCAGGACCAAGUCUUUCGGGGCGACUGAAGAGGACAGAAUCUCUGCUCUGCUCGCAGAACAUCGGUUUCCAAGGAGCUCGUCAAUGACGGACAGCCUGAAAGAGAGCCGUAUCAUCCCUCCACCUCCCCAAAGUGCCCCCCCACCACCGCCAUCUCCGUACUACCUGGACACAGGCCCCCCACCCUCUUUCUGUCCCCCACCUCCCCCCGGGCGGGGUCAUGAUCAAAGUCGCUCCAGCUUUAAGCCAGGUUCCGAGGCAAAGCUGCACGGCCUGUCACAGGUGGUUACCCCAGCCGAGAUGUACGAGCCGCCGCGGCCCUCAGUCCAUGCCGAGCGGCAAAAGAAGGCUCGCUCCAUGAUCAUCCUGCAGGACUCAUCGCAUCUCCCCGUAGAACCCACUGACAUCCCCCGCCCCGGGCCAUCCUCCACCCCUCCCGAAAAGAUCAAGAGGAAAGGGAGGGUGAUCGAUAACCCAUACGCCAACGUCGGUCAGUUCAGCAUCGGCCUGUACACCCCAACAAAACCCCAGCGCAAAAAGAGCCCCCUGGUCAAACAGCUGCAGGUGGAGGACGCUCAGGAGAGAGCAUCCUUAGCGUUGGCCUCCGCCCAUGCCAGAGAGCACUCUCCCACUGGUCGGAUCCCCCACACAAGCAGGGCUGAGUACUACCAGCAGCAACUCCUGCAGGAGAGAGCCCGAGCCUUAGGGGAUGGACAACAGGGCAAAGGUCCCUUUGCCGCUGCGAUCGCAGGGGCCGUGAAGGACCGGGAGAAGCGUCUAGAGGAAAGGAGGAAAUCCACAGUCUUCCUGUCGGUCGGUACUGUCGAAGGUAGCACUACAGCACCCGAGCUGCCGUCCCUGACGCAGUCCCGCUCCGUUGACGAAAGGUUGCUUAGCAGGGAGCUGGGCCAGCUGCCUCCCCCCGCUGUCGUGCUCCGGCCAUUGCCGAGCGGGACCACCUUCAUCCACCCUUUGACCGGAAAGCCCCUAGACCCCAACUCCCCUCUGGCACUUGCGCUGGCCGCAAGAGAGCGGGCUCUGACAUCUCAGAGCCAGUCACCCGCCAGCAGCCCAGAGCCCAGGACUAAACACGAGAAACCGGGGCCUUUGUUCGUCGAUUCCCAGACCAAAGAGGCGGAGCGAAUGGAAGCAGAAGCGAGGCUGGUGUCUCCCCCCUUCUCACCGGGAGAUAGAGCAGGUUUAUCUGGCACAAUGACCCCACCCAAAACACAAUGGGGGACGCCGACCACGCUUCGCAAAGAGAUUGAUGCAAGAGCAGACAAAGUCGAGGAGAGGAAGCAGGAGGACAAGAAGAGCAUGAUCAUAAGCAUCGUGGAUACAUCUCAGCAGAAGACUGCUGGCCUCAUUAUGGUACAUGCGACAAGUAAUGGGCAAGAAGCUGGGCUUAGCAUGGAGGAGCCUUCUUUGUCACCACAAACCUCGCUUGUGGAGCCUUCCAAGCCUACGCUGGCUGAAAUCAAGCGAGCCCAGUCUCCAAGCCCCGAAGCCACCCAGCCACAGCCAGCCGGUACAUCAGCGGAGAGGACGCUGGCUCAGGGUAGCUCCGAGGAGGAUGUAGAGCCUUACACUGUUACUCUCCCACCUGCUUUGCUGUCCUCCAGUGAUGAAGAGACCCGGGAAGAGCUCCGGAAGAUCGGCGUGGUGCCGCCACCCGAAGAGUUUGCCAACGGCUUACUGCCGAAGACAGAUGCGACCGCAGCCACCCCAGCACUGGCUAAGCCGGCCACGCCUUCCGCCCCAACCCAAGCAGCAACAGCAGCAGCAGCACACCCUGCUAGCGGAACAGCCUCAGGGAAGCCUUCAGACACCCACCUGGUGCCUGAGUCUGCAGCCGACUCUGGGGUGGAAGAGGUGGACACCCGCAGCUCCAGCGACCACCACCUGGAGACCACGAGCACCAUCUCCACGGUCUCCAGCAUGUCCACGCUGUCGUCAGAGAGCAGCGAGCCCACCGACACAUACACCUCCUACGCCGACGGGCAGACUUUUAUACUCGACAAACCGCCAGUGCCUCCAAAGCCCAAACUCAAGUCCCAGCUCAGCAAGGGGCCUGUGACGUUCAGGGACCCUCUACUGAAGCAGUCCUCGGAUAGCGAGCUCCUCUCCCAGCAACACGUGGCUGCACUGGCUGCGGCCGCCGGUACCGGCCGACCCCGCUACCUCUUCCAGAGAAGGUCCAAGCUUUGGGGGGAUCCCGUGGAGACGCGGCCGCUGCCCGGCCCCGAGGACGGCAAGCCCACUGUGAUCGGUGACCUGAGCUCCAGGCUUCAGCAGCUGAACAAGGAUACGCGCUCGCUCGGUGAGGAGCCCAUGGGAGCACUCGACCCUGGGAGGAAGUCCCCAGUCUCGGGAGCCAGACUAUUCAGUAGUUUAGGAGAGCUGCACACCAUCUCUCAGAGGAGCUACGGCACUACCUACACCAUCCGACCAGGCACCCGGUACCCUAUUACCCGUCGGACUCCCAGCCCGGGCAGAGGCUCCUCCUCCCCCGAUAGGACAGACCCUCUAGGGCUGGGGCGGAGCUACGGCCUGGCUACAUCCCCCACGACCCCACCCACCAUCCUCAAGUCGUCCAGUCUGAGCAUCCCGCACGAGCCCAAGGAGGUGCGCUUUGUGACGCGGACCACCCGCAGCCGCUCGCCCUCGCCCUCGCCCUCGCCCACGCUGGCCUCACCCCUGCUCGCACUCAGGCCCUUCCACCAGAAGCCCCUGCACCUAUGGAACAAGUACGAUGUGGGUGACUGGCUGGAGAGUAUCAACCUGGGCGAGCACCGUGACCGUUUCCAGGAACACGAGAUAGAGGGCUCGCACCUGCCGGCCUUGACCAAGGACGACUUUGCCGAGCUGGGCGUCACGCGGGUGGGCCACCGCAUGAACAUCGAGCGUGCUCUCAAGCAGCUGCUGGAGAGCUGACCCCUGCCACCGCCGCUGCCGUUCCUCUUAGGCUCCGCCUUUCUUUUCCCUUCAAGCCUUUAGCAUUCAGUUUCUUUUAUCAAUUGAAAUGGUAUAUAUACAGUCCCUGCGCUGCCCUGUAAGGAAGGUAAAAGACCCGGCCCCGCACUCAGCCAGUCAGCCUGGAGUGACAUCUUACUUCUCCAGGAAGAAAGUUGCAUGAAUUCCAGAGGGAAGGUCCCAUUUGUGCGCGCUUGGCGUCAAAGCCCCGCCCCUUUCUGCAAACCCCAGCCACGCCCCAAGCAUCCUGUCCCCGCCCUCUAUCUUAACAGCCUCUAAUUUUCCAGGUGAAAUGGUAUCACCUUGGAAAAGCUUCCACAAGGAAAGUUCUGUUGCCUUCACAAAUAUUUUUAAUUAUCAGUAAUGAAAAACAGAGUCACGACAGACCUGCUCCGUUUGAGGGGAUUUCAUGCCUCUCACAUUUGGAAUUUUAAUAGAGCAGUUAUAUUCAUCCAGUACGGGACGGUCAUUAUGGGGCAGACAGUUGCAAUGGAAGGUGUGAUAUUUUCAGAUUCUUUCACUAACUGUGGGAUUAUAUUAGGAGAAUGUUUUCACAACAAUAUUGGCUUUUUCAUAAUCGAGGUGUUAUUUUCGAAAAGAAAUAUUGCAUAGAUAUGAUUUGUGUAUUUAGAUUAAAACUUUAAAAAAGGAAAAUUUUAACGUCUCCAUUCAAAAGAUGGAGGUUUGAAAUAAAAAGCUGGUAUAUAUAAAGAUAUAUAAUAUAUACCAUUUUGUUAUAGAUUCCCUAACCUAUGAUACACGGUGUUACAUAAAGCUACAUUGUGUCAAAUGAACUUUCCUGAUGUGAUCCUUCCUGAUACCUCCCAACCCCUCCCCCCCACCCCCUGUCAGCUUCAAGGAUUCUGUCACACUUUCCUCUCUCAUGAAACAUGGUCUUCCGUCUGAAAAAGCACAUACACCCCUACAGGGGUCCCUGGACACCUACUCCAUCAUAACACACCCCAAUCCCCCCCAUUCCGUCAGUGAAUUCAGUUCAGGGUGUCCCCGAGAAAGACGAUCGGCAAUCAGAUUUGGGGGGGGGAGGUCUGAAGCUGCAGGGCUCCUCUACCCCCCCACCACGAUGGGGGGAGGGGGGGUUCCUUCUGACUGAGUUCUGAAAGUAGGGAUGUCCUGAUUCUGGUCUUCAGCAAAGGUUUUCUCCUCCUCCUGUUCCUCCUCACCUCCUUCUCCUACUCAUCCUCCUCCUUCUGCGCCUCCUGCCUUUGCGCCAUUUCCAAACCCCACUUCUGUCCACCUCCCUUCUCUCUGCUUGGUUUAGAACAAAUCUGGACAAAACCGUGUUUCCUCCCCAAGAAAAACGUGUUUCCUCCCCAAGCUCCCAUCUGUAAAUAGAAACAAAGAAAAUUGCUUUUUUUAAUUAAUCAUGAGCCAUGUACAUAUAGUUUUCAUAUAAUUUUUCUAAAAACAAAAUAUAUGUAUAAUUAUAUAUAAAUAUAUAUAUGAAUGUUUGCCAUAUAUGCAUCUCCUGUCAGAGUGUGAGAAGAAUUCGUUCUUUCAAUGAACUAUGAAUUAGGGGAUGAUUUGCACAAAUCCAGGUGCUAACACAAAGCCAUCCAUCCAUCAUCGGGGUGCACAGACCCCGCUGUGCCCUGCCAGGCUCGCCUCUGCCCUGCGUGGGGGCUGCUCUCCCCUCCCCCACCCUCCUGCAGCUUGUCUGUCCCCAUAUUUAUCACGGUGUGUGUGUCUGUGUGCUCAGGUGCCCUAUUGGAUUGUCCAUUGGCCCCAACACAGCUAGAGCCUGUCUGUCCAGGAACCCUCCAUGUCCCGCACACACAUCCCAGUAAUACCCUCCUGCAGGGCUGUUGGCUCUGCGCUUCCUCUUUAGCAAUAUCUACUAGCAUGCAGGACCUCAGCAGAGUUGUGUGAGGCGCCCCCGUGUGGCAGGCCAACUGAACAACAGCAGUGGAGGCUGUUAGACAGCCUGUGGUCUUGGAGAACUCCAUCGUCCACAGAAGGAAGGAGCAGCAUCUCGUACACCACUUCUGAUUUAUAAUGUCAGGAGCUAGAGAGAUGGAACUGCUUCAGUAUUCACAAUAUACAUUUCUGCUCCUGACAACCAUUUUAAGGUUUAUUUUGUAAUGCACUGUUAUUGGUUUGAAUUAAGAUUUAUUUGAGGUUAAAUAUGUCAUGGAGUGAUAACUGUGCCAAAAAGUAUUUGCCUUUGUACGUCUUACAUUUUUUGACAUGUAUUUGUUGAAAUGAAACAGUGUGUAAGAGCUGUUAGGCUGUGCUGCCCCCUCCUGGCGAUUUUGAGUACUGCUUACAUUCGCUAAGACCAUGACCAUUCCCGCUGUGUGUACAUGAUUUUUUAUGUAUUCCUAUAUAUUUUGACGAUAUGCCUGUGCAGGUAGUGGACAAAACAAAAACCAUUAAACGGCCAUACCACACAUGUAUACAGUUACACGGCUACCCCAUGUAUGUAUGUAAAAGCUGCUUGUUUUAACUCCCACGAACAUCCAAAGGGAAUCCGGAUGGUUCCGGUGGAUCCGAAUGUCUGCGAGUUGGGAUCUGAUGACCUCGGGCAGGGUGGAGUCGACUCGGACUGAAGGAGGAGAGAUGCUGGUGCAGAUGGAUGUGGGGGCAGGCUGUGAAGAGUGUGAGUGCACUAUGUGCGGUACCUCUUCAGGGAAGACUACGGCUCUCCCGAAACUGGGGGGUUGUAGUCUGGCUGCCGACAUUCUGAGCUCAGCGCACGGCAACCCCACCCCCCCACGUGAGGCCCCACCCCCAGCCAAAAGACAGUGUGGCACGCUUCCCUCACGAAGCUGCACUGUCACAUGAUGCAUGUCCAGCGAUGCAUCCUGCUUCCCAGGCUCGGCAUUCUCCACUCCGCAGGUUGGCACCCUCACCAGAGUCCCGUGUCCUCGUCCCUUAUCGCCAUCAAACCGUAUCCGUGAGACGGACCCGCCUUGGACUCACAGGCACCACGCAGCGUCAGCUGCCACGGCCCGGACGCGCCAUGUGGCCACGCCGCCCAGUGACAUUUAGUUGUUGUGAAUUUCUUUGUUUGUCCACUACCUCUAUAUAAACACACUGCCUGCUUUUGUGGGGUUUUCAUUAAGAUACUGCUUCAUAUUCUGUGCACAGUAUGACAGUAUUGUUGGUUUACAGUACAGUAAGUUUUUAAAAAAGGAAUUUUAGUCUGGUGGCUUUUCCUGUUUGACUUCCACUGCUUUCCAGAAAGAGGAGAUGAGACGUAUCCUCAGAAAGGAGAAAUGCAGUUCAGAUUCAUGUCGUGUCUCUGGGAUUUACGGCCAUUCGAAUAGCUUCACAUUUUAUUAAUCGUGUUAUUUCCCGAUCCAACACCAUAUUCAAAUGAAAGUGUCAUUUACUUUGUCCUGUAGGGUGUGAUUGUGUCAAUGCUACUGAAGAAGCACAGGAUUCUUGCUGGUUCCCACUGUGCCCGAUUUUUUCUGGUGUCGCGGAGCUGCUGUAGGAGGGUAACCAGGUAGGAGCCUAAAUGUGUCUCUCAAAGAAAUCCUACAGAAUUAUGGGUCGUAGCUGGAACACUUUUGCUCUGGGAUAUAAAAUUAUUUGUGCAAUGUGCAUAUAUACAGACAUGUAGUCAUAACUGAUGUGAAGUAGUUUGAUGUCAACUGACCUCCACGGAGAGUUUUGGUCACCAAAGCUGACCUGAGAUCAGUCUGCUCAGUUUAAUGUGGAGAUUGCCUUUGCCUUAAUGAAUGGCUCUGACAUCCAGCUUUAAUGCUGGUUAAAUGUUCGUCUCUGAUCCUAACCCAUCUGGAUCUGGUAGAGACAGUACCGCUGCUUUAUUUUAAAUGAGAAGCAGGCGGAGGCUUAGUCACGUCCUGAAAAGAGAGCGGAAAGUCAUUUAGUCAGAUUGCUGGAGUUAAAAUACAGAGUUGAUCUGACAGUGUAAUACUCCAGGACACACCAGUACGCACAGGAAGGCCGUUUGUCUUUCCAUUGUUAACAGUUAUUGGGCUGGAUUUUGUGCCUGGGUCAAAAAAAUAAAUAGGUUAAGGGAGAAUUCUGUUUAAAAAACAGGUGUGGACUUUCAGCACUUUUCAAUAAUUCGUACAUUUUAUUCUGAGAGCGACACAUGUGCAAUGUCAGGAUAUACGGGCCUGGGAGCUUUCUAAUAGCAGUUGUGCUGUGGUUGUGAAAAACAUUAAGCCAAUCAGCUGCUGUAACCCUGUUAGCUGGUGGUGCAAUAAAACUGUCACUGCACUUAUAAGUACAAGCUGCAAUAUAUAAAACGCUGGAUUAGCGAUAGCGUCGGGGGUCAGGUGCACCUGCAACUCGCCAGACACGGCGGGGAAUCCCCUGUUGGCUCAUCCGGCAUGUGACACUAUCACAUGCAGCGGUGUGUAUUUUUCACCCAUUCACCUCAGCAUUGCGGGCCGAGAGGGGCGCUCCUGUGAUCUCCAAACACAUGGCGAUCACUCAUUCGCUGUUAAUACCCCCAAAGUCAAUGUUUCAUACGCUUUUCAAUUAAUGUGGUAUGCUAUAGCGGUAGAAGAUGUUAGGCUAAAUGAUUGAAAAUUAAUAUUUUAAGUAAUUUGUUAAAGUAGAACAGCUUUUUUUUUUUUUUCUUACUUUUAAUUAGAAUUAAAGAAUGAUUUGGAUUAAAGAAUGUAGUGACAGCGGAAAGCCUGCAGGUGGCAGCAGGAACUCUAGCCAGAACGGUUUUGAAAUUUUAACUCUGGCUCUGCAAUACACGAAUAAUGUGAUCAGUUGUCCUGGGUUUCCCUGCUGUCCCUUGGAGGUGUCUAUGCAGGGUGUCCGAAGCAAUUCUAUACUCUUUAUUCGGCUCCAAACACUCUCCCUAACUUGCCCGAGGGAUUUAGGCUUUUUUUCUAAGACGUUCUUCAAACGAACAUGAAUCUGAGGUGUAAAACCUCGGACCCCCUUGUGAUAUUUACACUAAAGAGAUAUAUGUUUGUUAUAUCAUGUAAUAAAUUUAUUAUUGAAAUCA